AACUUUUCACUGCAUUGAAAUUACAUUGUUAUGGCUUCUUUGCUCCAAUUGAGCAACCAGCAGCUUACAUAAUAGUAAUAUCAAACAAGCAUGGCAAGCAAGAGGAACCAUCAGCCAAAUCCUUGCAAAGUCUUUGUUGGGAACAUAAGCUACAGGGUAACAUUCCAAGAACUUUCAGAAUUCUUUUCUCAGUUUGGGCCAGUAGAAUAUUCCCAAAUUGUGAAGGAUCAUAAGAAGCUUUGGUCUAGAGGAAUUGGGUUUGUGACGUUCAAGAAUGCUGAGUCAGCACAACUUGCCCUAGGAGCUUCGGAUGAUGUACUGUGUCUGGAUGAACGUAUUUUGCGAGUAUCUACACCAAAGAAACCCAAGAGACGACUUGUGGUGGAUGAAGUGGAGGAUGUGAAGACAAGUGGGGAGGACAGUGGAGUGUCCGUAGAGGGGGGCUGCUCUGUGGGGGGUGGCUCUGCUGCAGGGGGUAGCUCCAGGGAGCCAGGACAAGACAACAAGAGUGUUGUGCUCAACAGUGACACUCUGAUACACAUCUUCUCAUAUCUCAGUCUCAAGGACAGGAUUGUUGUAGAGAGAGUGUGCAAGAGCUGGUUGAUGGCUGCUCGUCUAUUGUGGAAGACAGUUAAAUCGCUCCAUUUUAGAGGAAUCUUCAAAGCAUUCACGGGAAAAUAUGAAAGUCUCUCUGAUGACAUUCUGCACUCUGUACUCAAGCGUGGUUGCCAUGGGUUACAAGAGUUGAGCUUGUCCGCAUCACCACGAAAACUCUCGGACUUUGCACUCGAUGUGAUUGGGAUGUACUGUCCCAAGCUGGAGGUGUUGGAUAUAUCGGGGGUUUCCCUAACCACAACCUCGUUCAACCUGCUGACUCAGCGAUGCAAUGGACUCACGUGGUUGAAGUUGGCUGGUUGCCAUCAAGUUGGAGAGAAAGGGUUAUGGUGGGCGCUGCAUAAUUGUCAGUCACUGGAGAGCCUCGACAUCACUGGGAAUAGACGAAUCACAGGGCAAUGUUUCUAUCUCGCUGGGUUUCCAUCCUCGACUGAAGGUCAUACGGAGGUCAAAGGUCUACCAUCCACAACGAAGAUCAAAGAUCUAACCACCACGCCAAAGAUCAAAGGACACCUGAAGAGGCUGAUACUCGAGGCCUGCAGUUCCGUCAAAGAUGAAGGGAUAUGUCUGCUGAGUCAGCACAAUGUCCCCGUCCUAGAGGUAGUCAACAUCAACCAAUGCCAGCUGCUCACUGGAGUGGCCAUCAGGAGCUUGGCAUCUUAUUGUCGAUCACUGAGAGAGCUCUACUUUGCAGGGCCUAACGAUAAUGUGAGCCCCUCUGACUUGGACCCAAUCGGAUCUCUGGAUAAUUUGGAAGUGUUGGUGGUGGACAAGCAGCUGUCGUUCAGAGACCACCUCCUCUCAACCAUCACCAAGAACUGCCCCAGGCUAACGAGGUUGUCAUGUCAGGGCUGUUACGAUGUAACUGAUGUGGGUGUGGCUUGUCUCUCGGACUGCACACAACUCACCAAUCUCAACCUCAGCUACUGCCAUCAGGUGAGUGAUGAUGGUUUGAAGCAGCUGUGUACUGUGGGGGGGCUGACCACACUCACCCUCAGGGCAUGUCUCGCCAUCACUGGUCAAGGUCUCCAGCAGCUAGCCUGUCAUUGCCUCCAGCUGACGGAGGUGGACAUAUCCGGUUGCCUUGGUAUCAGUAAUGACACUCUGUACUCGUUCCAAGAGUCACUACUCCACUUGAGACGAAGACCUCGCUCGUUCUCCAUAGCACUCGGCGGCACAUCCAUUACUGGUGAGGUGGCCACAAUGUUUGCAGCUGACACUGGGUCCUCCAUCUCCCUACAUGACCUCUCUGUACCCAGCCUCUCCGCUCACUACGACCCAUUCAUUGACAUACCUCCUUUUGACGAACCGUGGGACAGUGACAAUGAAGCUCCCAGGGAGCUCCUCCAGUUGACCUCUGACCCCUACGAGGGAUUCUCAUCUCGGCCAGACCGGGACUACCUAAUGGAGAAGGCGGAGGACUUCCUGUUAGCAGAUGACCCCGCCCUCUUUAGUGACGAGUUCUCCGGAGGGGAGGAGUGGCUUGACACUUAGUAACACUCACAUGCACAUACAUUAAUGUUAUAUGUUUUAUAUUUCAUAAGUCUAGCUGGUGUUCUAUUGUUUCUUACAGUACAUCUCUUGAUCACAUAUAUUUAUCCUUACAGUACGUCUCUUGAUCACAUAUUUAUCCCCUCCCAAUUAAAGC